CUCCGGUCCUGCAGGAGUCGAUAGACCGCCAACAGGCGCCUUUCUACCCGAAGAAAACCGGCUAACAUAACAGAGCAAACAUGGCGGCAUCGUUGGUACGGUUUGUCCGCGGAGGUCUUGGAAAGAGCUUCAACAUUGCAAGGACCUCAUGUCUCCUCCAGCAGCAGAGCAGACUGCAGAGCUCCACCACAGAAACCAGCCCCACCGUCAGGCCCAAGGAUGCUGUCACUCACAACCAGCUGUCAGCGUUUGGGGAAUACGUGGCUGAGAUGAUGCCCAAAUAUAUCCAGCAGGUCCAGGUGACCUGUUACAACGAGCUGGAGGUGAUGAUCCAUCCUGACGGGGUGGUCCCCGUGCUGACGUUCCUGAGGGACCACACCAACGCUCAGUUCAGGAACAUGAUCGACCUGACUGCUGUCGACAUCCCAACACGGCAGAACCGCUUUGAGAUCGUGUACAACCUGCUGUCGCUGCGCUACAACACUCGUAUGCGCGUCAAGACGUACACAGACGAGUUAACACCGGUGGACUCCGCCGUUCCCGUCCACAUGGCUGCCAACUGGUACGAGAGGGAGAUAUGGGACAUGUUUGGCGUGUUCUUUGCCAACCACCCAGACCUGAGGCGCAUCCUGACAGACUACGGCUUCGAGGGUCACCCCUUCAGGAAGGACUUCCCUCUGUCAGGAUACGUGGAGGUGCGUUACGACGAUGAGGUGAAGCGUGUGGUGGCCGAGCCCGUGGAGCUGUCGCAGGAGUUCAGGAAGUUUGACCUCAACACACCCUGGGAGGUUUUCCCCGCCUACCGAGAGCCCAAAGAGGCCGCACCCAAACUGGAGGCCGGUGACAAGGCUCCUGAGAAGAAGUGAUCUUCCUCUGUUUAGUCUACACACACAUCAUCAUCAUGUUCUGUCUGUUUGUGUUCCGGGAGUACCAACCCCUUCGAGAAACCCAACUGAAAUAUUUAUGUAAAUAACAAUACUAUUAAAACAAGCUUAAAAUGA